AUAGAAAAUGAACUCCUUGAUAAGUGACAAAAUGGCGAUGCCUACGCUCUAGAACUAGAUUGUCCGAACCUCAUUUCUUCUCUAGCUCCAUUUCUCCCACCUCAAGGCUGCUGGCUGCCAUCGGCCCCACCUCCUCAGAGUAAAGUCAUGAAGGUGGUAAACCUGAAGCAAGCCAUUUUGCAAGCCUGGAAGGAGCGAUGGAGUGACUACCAAUGGGCAAUCAACAUGAAGAAAUUUUUUCCCAAAGGAGCCACCUGGGACAUCCUCAACCUGGCAGAUGCACUACUGGAGCAAGCCAUGAUUGGACCUUCCCCCAAUCCUCUCAUCUUGUCCUACCUGAAGUAUGCCAUUAGUUCCCAGAUGGUGUCCUACUCUUCUGUCCUCACAGCUAUCAGCAAGUUUGAUGACUUUUCCCGGGACCUGUGUAUUCAGGCUUUGCUGGAUAUCAUGGACAUGUUUUGUGACCGUCUGAGCUGCCACGGCAAAGCAGAGGAGUGCAUCGGGCUGUGCCGAGCCCUUCUCAGCGCCCUCCACUGGCUGCUGCGCUGCACGGCAGCCUCUGCAGAGCGGCUCCGGGAGGGGCUGGAGGUCGGUGCCCCAGCCGCGGGGGAGAAGCAGCUUGCCAUGUGCCUGCAGCGCCUGGAGAAGACCCUCAGCAGCACCAAGAACCGGGCCCUGCUGCACAUCGCCAAGCUAGAGGAGGCCUCAUUGCACACAUCCCAGGGACUUGGGCAGGGUGGCACCCGAGCCAAUCAACCAACAGCCUCCUGGACUGCCAUGGAGCACUCUCUCUUGAAGCUUGGGGAGAUCCUGGCCAACCUCAGCGACCCCCAGCUCCGGAGCCAGGCUGAGCAGUGUGGCAGCCUCAUCAGGAGCAUCCCCACAAUGCUGUCCGUGCACUCGGAGCAGCUGCACAAGACUGGCUUCCCCACAGUCCACGCCCUGGUCCUGCUCGAGGGCACCAUGAACCUGACAGGCGAGACGCAGCCCCUGGUGGAGCAGCUGAUGAUGGUGAAGCGCAUGCAGCACAUCCCCACCCCGCUCUUUGUCCUGGAGAUCUGGAAAGCUUGCUUCGUGGGGAUCAUCGAGUCUCCCGAGGGGACGGAGGAGCUCAAGUGGACAGCUUUCACCUUCCUCAAGAUUCCACAGGUUUUGGUGAAGUUGAAGAAGUACUCCCAUGGGGACAGGGACUUCACUGAGGAUGUCAACUGUGCUUUUGAGUUCCUGCUGAAGCUCACACCCUUGUUGGACAAAGCUGACCAGCACUGCAACUGUGACUGUGCAAACUUCCUACUCCAAGAAUGUAGCAAGCAGGGGCUUCUGUCUGAAGCCAGUGUCAACAACCUCAUGGCUAAGCGCGCAUUAGACCGAGAGCACGCACCCCAGCUGAAAUCAGGAGAAAACGCCAACAUCCAGCCCAACCCCGGCCUAAUCCUCCGGGCGGAGCCCACUGUCACAAAUAUCCUCAAGACGAUGGAUGCAGACCACUCCAAGUCCCCGGAGGGACUACUAGGGGUCCUGGGCCACAUGCUGUCUGGGAAGAGUCUGGAUUUGCUUCUGGCUGCUGCUGCCGCCACCGGAAAGCUUAAAUCCUUCGCCCGGAAGUUCAUCAAUUUGAAUGAGUUCACGACCCACGGCAGCGAAGACAACCCCAAAGCAGCCUCAGUGCGUGCCUUGCUCUUUGACAUCUCCUUCCUCAUGCUGUGCUACGUGGCCCAGACCUAUGGUUCAGAGGUGAUUUUGUCUGAGUCACGCACAGGAGCAGAGGUCCCCUUCUUUGAGACCUGGAUGCAGACUUGCAUGCCCGAGGAGGGCAAGAUCCUGAACCCUGACCACCCCUGCUUCCGGCCAGACUCCACCAAAGUGGAGUCCCUGGUGGCCCUGCUCAACAACUCCUCAGAGAUGAAGCUGGUGCAGAUGAAGUGGCACGAAGCCUGCCUCAGCAUUUCAGCCGCCAUCUUGGAAAUCCUCAACGCCUGGGAGAAUGGGGUGCUGGCCUUCGAGUCCAUCCAGAAAAUCACUGAUAACAUCAAGGGAAAGGUAUGCAGUCUGGCAGUGUGUGCUGUGGCUUGGCUUGUGGCCCACGUCCGGAUGCUGGGGCUGGAUGAGCGUGAGAAGUCACUGCAGAUGAUCCGCCAGCUGGCAGGGCCACUGUGUAGUGAAAACACCCUGCAGUUCUACAAUGAGAGGGUGGUGAUCAUGAGCUCGAUCCUGGAGCACAUGUGCGCUGACGUGCUGCAGCAGACUGCCACGCAGAUCAAGUUCCCCUCCACGGGGGUGGACACGAUGCCCUACUGGAACUUGCUGCCUCCCAAGCGACCCAUUAAGGAGGUGCUGACGGACAUCUUUGCCAAGGUGCUGGAGAAGGGCUGGGUGGACAGCCGCUCCAUCCACAUCUUUGACACCCUGCUGCACAUGGGCGGCGUCUACUGGUUCUGCAACAACCUGAUUAAGGAGCUGCUGAAGGAGACACGGAAGGAGCACACUCUGCGCGCGGUGGAGCUGCUCUACUCUGUCUUCUGCCUGGACAUGCCGCAAGUGACCCUGGUCCUGCUGGGCCACAUCCUGCCCGGCCUGCUCACCGACUCCUCCAAGUGGCACAGUCUCAUGGACCCACCGGGCACGGCGCUUGCCAAGCUGGCCGUGUGGUGUGCCCUGAGCUCCUACUCCUCCCACAAGGGACAGGCGUCUACCCGCCAGAAGAAGAGACACCGUGAAGACAUCGAGGAUUACAUCAGCCUCUUCCCCUUGGACGACACGCAGCCGUCGAAGCUGAUGCGACUGCUGAGCUCCAAUGAGGAUGACACCAACGUCCUCUCGAGUCCCAGAUCUUCCCCGGGCCUCCGUGCACCAGUUAGCCCGUGGGUGAGCGACAGGGUGCGGCGGGCAGUGCCCUCAGCACUCCCUCCGCUCCGCCCUGCAGCCGACCGCUCCAUGAGCAGCUCCCUCUCGGCCUCCCAGCUCCACACGGUCAACAUGAGGGACCCUCUGAACCGAGUCCUGGCCAACCUGUUCCUGCUCAUUUCCUCCAUCCUGGGCUCCCGCACGGCGGGCCCGCACACGCAGUUCGUGCAGUGGUUCAUGGAGGAGUGCGUGGACUGCCUGGAGCAGGGCAGCCGCGGCAGCAUCCUGCAGUUCAUGCCCUUCACCACCGUGUCGGAACUAGUGAAGGUGUCGGCCAUGUCCAGCCCCAAGGUGGUUCUGGCCAUCACGGACCUCAGCCUGCCCCAGGGCCGCCAGGUGGCUGCCAAGGCCAUUGCUGCACUCUGAGGGGUGGCGGGGAGAGUCCCGGCGCCAGGCGCCUCUGGAGGGAGCAGUGAGGAAAGAUGAGACAUCGUUGCUCACAUCCACGUGGUGUAAGAGCCCUUCGUCAGUUUCCACGUUUCCACGUUUCCGCUGCUCCUGACUUCUGACCUCUAAGACGGCUUCCGGUCCCUUCUUUUGUAAUUCCCCGUCCCCUUCGCUGGCACCUGGAGUGUGAGCAGCCCGGUUCCCAGCGGUCACCCCUGUUCCGGGAGGGGAUGCUCCUCUGAGGACCCGUGUGGAUGCGUAGUGUGUGUGUAGAUAUAUAUUUUUGUAAUACUUGAGGGGAAGUCCACCCCCGUUCACUUGUAAAUAAAGAUCCUCGUGGA